AUGCUAGACGGAUGGUAUUGUCGGUCUAUAGCUAAUAUGCAGGCCAAUGAAGCGGCAAGUGCGAGUAAUAGCGUUAGUGCGGAUAACACUCACAGUCGGGACUCCCGCAAAGACUAUUCAAGUGAUAGCAGUAGUGACCCCGAGCCCGAACCUAAUUACAGGGCACAUUAUUUAACUCUGAAAAAGAAAUUAAAGUACCUUAUAUAUGAAAACGAGUGCUUUCAAGAUGCUUUAAGAUGCAGUCAAAAACGGUUACUGAAAGUAUCUCGAGAUAGAAGUUUUCUAUUAGACAGAUUACUGCAGUAUGAAAAACAUGAUAGUUCUACCUCGGACAGUGAAGACACAGAAUCCUCUGAUGAUGCCACUUAUAACAAUGCUGAAGUUGUAAAAAGAAAAAAGCCUGAAACGAGUGCAGCCCAACAAUCUUUACCGACCCCAUCAGCAGUCAAUAAAGGUCUCAAUAACACUAUGAAAAGGAAAAGAGCCGUUGUCCCUAAAAAAACACCAAAUGCUAAUAAUCCACAUCAAGCUAGUGCUGCUCCAGUGAAGUGUUCGCCUCUCGGCCUUGGUUUAUCAGCUGGUGAUGGACACAUGACCCCCGAGGAAGUGGAGCGGCACCUGCAGUCUCGACAGUCGUUCUUGGAACUGCUGCCAGAACGCGCGCCGCCCACUGUACCUACAGAAAUGUUCAGCAAUGACCCGUCACUUGAUAGUAUUGCUAACAAACGACUGAUGUUAGGACAUAUUUAUAGUAAAAUAUGUAAUAUGCGCCUAUACAUCGCUAUUGGUGGGUAUACUUGUAUAAUUUUAGAGUGA